AUGCCUCAUUACCCUCCUAGACCUCCUCCAGGUAUACGUCGUCUGAUCUGGAAUCAACGAAUAUGGAUAGAAUCGACUUUUGCUACUAGUAUGAUGCAGCCAUGGGAGAAAGCUCUGAUAUUGACCGUCCUCUCCCUCGUCACACUCCUAAUCUGGUUCUCACUAUACACCUACUUCCCAUCGCAUGUCGCCUACCUUUCGAGGAGAUGGUCAUACUACGUCUACGGCGAUGAGACCGUCGAGGUAUUGGCUCCCAUCAAGGCGUAUAUACUGGCUCAGAUUGGCAGGGUGAAAAGUGCUGUAGGGGGUCAGAAAGGGAGAUUGGAGUUGUAG